AUGGAUAGAUACCGUGAUUUAGAGGCAAUAGAACGUGCCAAGAAAUCGUCCAAUUCUGCAAAGCCUGUCAGUGCACCCACACAGAAUAAAUACAACAACAAUAGCCAUCAGAACAGACUCGGCGCCUUCCAAGUAAGCGUUGAGAAAUCAACAUGUCUGAUGUGCAAAAGCGCAGAUUACAAAUUAAGAUCUUGCCCCAUGUUUCUUAACAUGGCACCGGCGGACAGGAUCAAGUUCGCUAAGCGCAACAAUCGUUGCAUUAACUGCCUCGGCUUUGGGCAUUUGGUGUCGCAAUGCACCAGUGCAUUCAACUGUAGCACGUGCCAUGCGAGGCAUCACUCACUACUACAUGUGAGGACAGUGCAGCCUAGCAGCCAAAGAGGCUCAUCUAUGCCAUCGGACGAGAUUCCGUCUACGUCCAGGCAAGCGCAGCAGAGACGCAACUUCAACAAGUCGAAAGGCAAGCCAACGACUCAAGUACAGUCGUGCUUCGCUAACAGCGACAAAGGUGUCUUGUUAGGAACGGCACAAAUAAACAUCAAUUACAGCGGCGUUACUUAUGCCGCAAGAGCACUCAUCGACUCCGGGUCAGAGUGCUCUUUCAUCACAGAAAGGCUGAAGCGCAGAAUCAACUUACCAGUUAGGAGGAUAAAUGCCCAGGUGUCAGGCAUCAACAACACCGUAUCUGCGCAAGUGAAGGAAGCAUGUUGUGUCGAGUUGCGGUCACCAAUUGACCCACUUAUAUCGAUCACAACGAACAUGAUGGUUCUGCCGAAAUUAACGGGAAACUUGCCGACUUGCCAUAUUAGCGCACUAACUCGGCAGGCUUUUCCAGAUCUCAUGUUGGCGGAUAAGAGGUUCUUCGUCAAUGAACCCGUGGACGUCGUACUCGGUGGUGACGUCUAUCCCCAGGUUAUGCUGGAUGGCAUACGCAAGAACGUACUGGGAUCACUUCUUGCGCAAGAGAAAGUGUUCGGUUGGAUAGUCACGGGGUGUGCUAAUUCAAUUAAGCCAACCAACACUUGCGUCUCGUAUUAUAACGAAAUAUCGCUGGAAAAGCAGUUAGCUUCGUUCUGGGAAUUGGAAGAGAUGUCCAAGGAAAGGAAGUUAAUCGAGGAGGACAGGUAUUGUGAAGAGCUCUAUAAAGAGACAACGAAGCGAAAUGAAGACGGGAAGUACGAUGUAUCGCUACCAUUCAGGAAAGACUAUCCGGUCAACAUUAGUCUAGGUAGUUCCUUAAAGAUUGCGUACUCCCAGUUUUAUCGCAAUGAAGCUCGGUUGUCAAGAGAUAAAAACCUGCAAAAGGAAUACAACAGGGUGUUAAAUGAAUAUGUUGAGCUGGGUCAUAUGGUAAAGAUACAUACCAAUCAAACGGCCGACUCUAGUGACAACUAUUACCUGCCUCACCACGCCGUAAAGAAGGAAGAGAGCACAUCGACAAAGGUGCGUGUGGUGUUCAAUGCAUCGCAAGCCACUUCAAACGGCACUUCGCUGAAUGACAUCCUUCUCCCCGGUCCAGUUCUUCAGGCAGACCUCACCAUCUUAAUUCUGCGAUGGCGAUUAUUUAAAUAUGUCUUCAGUAGCGAUAUUGAGAUGAUGUAUCGCCAAAUCCUGUUGAAGGCUGAUCAAACGAAGUACCAGCGAAUCGUUUUCCGCAACCGUCCGACCGAACAAACCAAUAUCUUUGAAUUGAAGACGGUAACGUUCGGAAUCAACUGCGCUCCUUAUCUGGCAAUAAGGACGUUACUUCAAUUAGCUGACGACGUUGAAAGCUCACUACCAGCAGCCUCAAACAUACUCAGGAAGUGCAUGUAUGUUGAUGAUGUCUUAGCAGGUGGACACUCUAUAGAGGCUGCAAUUAAAGCUAGAAAUGAGAUAAGAACAGCAUUGGAGUCGGCAGGUUUCCCAUUAAGAAAAUGGACAGCCAACUGUGGAAGAAUUUUACAAGGCCUUCCAAAAGACCACUUGCUAAACAAAGAGUCUUUAGACUUCGAAGACACAAGUGAUGUCAAGGCUCUUGGGAUAAGGUGGAAAGCGCAUACUGACUUCUUCUACUUUAAAAUAAAACCAAUACUCAGCCCAGAAUCCUAUACAAAGAGAGCUAUCCUCUCAGAUAUCGCCAAACUGUUUGACCCACUAGGAUUGCUAGCACCGAUAAUAGUCAUAGCCAAAAUGAUAAUGCAACACAUUUGGUUAGAAGGAACACAAUGGGACGAGGUUGUAUUUCCUACCACAUUGGAUCGUUGGCACACAUUCAUGGAUAACCACAGGUCCAUAAACAACAUUAAAAUUCCACGAUGGGUCCACUUCUCGCCAACGGACGAUGUGUCUAGCAACGGUCUACCUGCGCGUAAGGACAAGCAACAAAGUUUUCGUCAGCCUACUGUUGGCAAAAACCAGAGUAGCACCUGUCAAAACUAUAUCUUUACCGCGUCUGGAACUGUGCGGCGCCGUAUUACUGGGCGAAACAGUUGA